UCCAAAUUAAUUAACGAUGGCAAAGUACUCAAACGAGAAAUCGUGUUCAGAAAUUAUCGAAGAAUUACCAAAAGCGCGUUUUUGGGACACCGCCGACAUCGUCCGCUGGGAAGGCUUCUGGUACAUUCCGAACUUUCUAGAACCGGCGAUGAGCUUCCGGUCCAGCUUCACCGCCCGAAACGACGACGUUUUGCUCGCCUCCUCCAUUAAAACCGGCACCACGUGGAUCAAAGCCCUCGCCUACUCUUGCAUUCAUCUCCACGACGACGAGGAUGCCCUCGCCGGCAACAAUCCCCAUUUCCUCGUCCCUACCGUCGAGAUCGUACUGUACAACAUCAAACCCUUCGAAUUCGACAUCUACGACGCGUCCGCUCCGCGAUUGAUUCACACGCACAUCCCCUACUCUCACCUCCCCGAUUCGAUCAAGAGCUCGUCGUCUUCCACAAAAAUUGUGUACAUCGCUCGAAACCCUAAGGACAUCCUAAUCUCCAUGUGGCAUUUUUUCAACUCCAUGUUUAAGCCGAUCCCGAUCGAUAAGGCCGUCGAUUCCUUCUGCUCCGGUUUCUGCAACUACGGCUCGUUCUUCGACCACGUGGCGGAGUACUGGAUCGAGAGCCGGAAACGGCCUGAGAAGAUCCUGUUUAUGAAAUACGAGAAGCUGAAGAACAGUCCGAAAGUAGAAAUAUCUAAAAUGGCAGAGUUUAUGGGAAAACCGUUGGGGAGUGAAGAUGAGGUGGAGAAGAUUAUUUGGAGAUGCAGUUUGGAGAGGCUGAAGAAUCUCGAGGUGAAUAAAAAUGGACGAUUUCUGACGUCCAUGUCCAACGACAACUUCUUCAGGAAAGGGGAAGUCGGGGAUUGGAAGAACUACUUGACGCCGGACAUGGCGGAGAAGAUCGACAAAAUGUCACGUGACAAGCUCGAGACCAUUGGGCUCUUUCUUUGAUUAAUUGAUUUCAUGUCUGCUUGAGUGUUUGUGAUCUUCUGUAAGAAGAUCAUUAUUUCAUGUUGUUGUGUGCUUUCCCUUGUAAUAUAUUUGGUUAAUAAUAAUUGAUAUUGGAAUCUACUUCUCGUAGAUUCCAAGCCG